AGCUGCUUAGCAUUUUCACCAGAUGGAAAGUAUUUGGCAGUUGGAGAAGUAAAAUAUAAUGAAUGAAAUACGACAAGGGGAGGGAUGCUAAAUGUACAGUAUAGAUGGGACAUCAACCACGUAUAUUCAUUUGGGAUGUGAAAGAAAAGACAAUCUUUAGAGAAUUUAAGGCACACAAGUUUGGUGUCCUCUCAUUGUCAUUUUCUCCAAACAUGAGAUAUUUAGUAUCAGUCGGAUUCCAACACGAUGGAUACCUUUAUGUUUGGGAUUGGAAAAAGGGAAUAAAGUUGGCAGGGAAUAAAGUGACGAGUCGAGUGAACGCAAUUUCUUUUUCCAAAGAUGGAUCUUUCUUUGUUACUGCAGGCCUGAGGCAUGUCAAAUUCUGGUACUUGGAUAGUCGAGGCAGAAUGCCUAAAAAAGGCGUGGGUCGAGAAAUGCAAGUGUUGGAUGGAAGAUCAGGACUGCUGGGUGUCUUACGAGAUGCAAACUUUGUUGAUGUCGCUUGUGAUCAUAGCUCGGGUUACACUUAUUUUGUCACGGACUCUGGCAUUUUGUGUAUCUUUAAGGAGGGAAGAGUGAUUGAUAAAUGGGUUAAUCUUCAAGUCAAGAGUGCCUUUUCGAUUGCUGUAUCUUCCAUCUAUGUCAUCUGUACUUGCUCAGAAGGAAUUAUAAGACUAUUUGAGCCCGUGACACUAAAAUACUUGGGUAUUUUACCCAAGCCACACCCCUUAGGUGUUGACAUUAGUGCCAUCACCUCUCCUGACAUGAUAAGAUCCACGGACGAUACCAAUGUGUAUCCUGAUGCGGUAGCUAUUGUCUAUGAUGAUGCAGCACAAAGAAUCACAACAGUCUAUUCGGAUCGUAGUCUGUAUAUAUGGGAUAUUCAUGAUUUACAAAAGAUUGGGAAAUAUCGUAGCUUUAUCUUUCACAGUGAUUGUGUUUGGGGAGUUGAGCCGUGCCCCACUAUAGAAUCUGAAGGCUCAAUUAUACCCGCUAAUUCAUUUGCUACAUUCUCGGGUGAUGGCACCAUCCGAAUUUGGAACCUUGAUCAUCCUGUGCAUCCUUCAUCUUCAUCACCGCUUACACCACCUCAACUAUCUCCGCCCUUGAUGACACCUAGCAGUAGCACUAUGGUCAGUGCUCAACGACGAAACAUAUAUUCCCGCGAACUUGUCAAAAUGCUCUAUGUAGAUCCUGAUGCAGCCGAGUUUAUGAAACAAUCUAAACAUUCAGAUUAUGCAGAAGAUCAAUAUCCUGAUUUUGGUAUUCGUUCACUCAAAAUGAGUAGCGAUGGAAAGUGGAUGGCCAGUGGUGAUCGAAGUGGUAACCUUCGCUUACACUGCAUGAAAACAUGGGAUUUGCUUGGUUACCAGGAAGCUCAUGACUCGGAAAUUCUUUCAAUUGAUCUGACGACAGGACAAGAUGAUACUCCUCGUCUAGUAGCUACUGCCAGUCGAGAUCGUCUGCUUCACAUCUUUGAUUUGCGAUCCAACUGCCAAUUAGUUCAGAGUCUAGAUGAUCAUUCGUCUUCAAUUACCGCUGUCAAGUUUUCCAAGGAUUCCAGCAAGUUAAUCAGCUGCAGCGCAGACAAGGGUAUUAUCUUUCGCCAGCGACAACACCCAGUCACGCCCUUUCAUGAUACAUCUACACCUCGUCCUUACAUAACCUACCAUAAUCACUCAGGCCGAGGUACUGUCUUUGAUAUGGCUCUGGAUGUGACCGGUCGAUAUAUCGCUACAGUGACAGGUGAAAGGAAGUUGUACGUAUUUAGUGUCGAUUCUGGCAAACCCUUCCGUGUGUGCAAACCUGAAAUGUCAGAUGAGGUCGGUAAAGAUAACUCGGGUGGUAGCUUGAUCAACAUAGACUUGGAUCCGUUCUCAGGUACCUAUGCGGUAACCAGUGGAUCUGACAAGUACGUACGUCUGUUUGACUUGACCAACAGCACCUGUAUCGAAAAAGUCGGCGCUCAUGCAGAACUCAUCACAUCUGUCAAAUUUCUGAGAACGAAUACCGAAGAAAAUGGAUUGAGAGUUAUUAGUACCUGUUCUGAUGGCACAGUGUUUGUUUGGAAAGUAAGUCCAGAAGUGGUGGCCAAGAUGUGUGCACGUGGUGGUAUACGGUUAAAGACAGAAGAGAAGCAAGUCAUGUUUAACUUGCCCAAACAACCAGCCAUUGCUGGACAACAACAGCAACAACAGCAGCAGAGACUACGACGCGUAUCCACAGCUACGGCAAUACGGCCAACAGCAAGCAUCUCACAAAUGAUCCGACAGAAUGAACGAAAGACGUUUUCUACCAUGUCCACAGCCGAACACAAGUAUGACGAAAUGUAUAAACGAAUUGAAGCUAGUCGACGUAAUCGUAACAAUAACAACGACGAGCCAAUCGAAGAAAAGAUAGCACCUAACAAAAAGACAUUGGCAGAUAAGGUGAAUAAGCCUCCUCUUGAAAAGAGUGGGCGCUUAGAAAGACUACUGAAUGGAUAUCCUACAGCACAAAAGCGCUUGACCACACGUCCUCAGGCGCCUGUUAAUAAUAAGUUAGUGCUCAAUAUGGCCAACGCGCGCCGCUCUCAGCCAGGAAGAAAUAAUGCUAUUCUGGAAAGAGAAAUGUCCCCUCCUCAGAUGAUGCGCAAGACUUCACCUGUGCUCAUGAAGCGGAAGAGUCAGCCUGCUCUCAGUGCUGAGACGAAUACAGCUACCAAUGGACAAAGAAGAGCAAGUGAUAGUAUGUCACCUCCACGUCACAAAGCUGCGUCGCCAGUAGACAAUCGAGUUGAAGACGAAGAAGAAAUAUAUGAUGAUGCUGUUGAAGAGUUCCAUGAAGAAGAAGAAGAGGACGAUGACGAUGAAGCUGAAGAAGAGGAAGAGAUUAUAUUUACACCCGAACAAGAAAAAACAAGUGGACCCUUUGAAGUUUCUACUCAUCUUGAUACCCCACCACUUGUUCAUACCGACGAAGAAGAAGACGAUGGCCAGAGCACUCCAUCUCAUGAAGACGAAGAAGAAAACAGUGAAAGCAGUGUAGACGAUGACGCUAUUCUUCGAGACAUCGCAUCGAUUGAGCCACCACGUGUAUCCGCAUCCGUUAGUCGUUCGAAGAGCAUCAAACGACAAAGCAUCACAGCCAAAUUUUUAUCAUCAUUGACAAACAACGGACCUGAUCAUACCAAUCAAAGACCGUCUAUUCACCACGUUCUGGAUACCUUUAAAGAACAUGAAAAGACUUUGCAAAAGGAGCAGGAUCCAAAAAUAGAAAGCGCACUAGCAGACUUGGAUGGAAUUGAGAUUUUAUUAGAUAGCGUUUUAGAUACAUUAGUGAAUACAAUCAAAACUUCUGACAAUGAAAAAUCAAUUGAAACUAUAGAAACCAAGUUGAUUCAAAUUGCUGACAAGGUUCAGAGCAAAGUACCCAAGAAAAAAGACGUGGAACAAGAAACAGAUACAGAGACAGCAAAGUUAUUGGAAAGAUACUCUAAUUUAUUAUUAAACAUGGUUGAAAGCAAAUUGAAAAAAUCCAUCAAUUAAUCUGUAAAUAAAAACUAUAUAAUCCAGAAAUUUCGGAAUGAUCAACAUUGUUACACCAUUUUUUGCUUUAGCUUUGUAUCACCAUGGCAACAGCCAUGACAUUAUGCAGAGUGUUUCUCAGAUAACAAUCCUUGCUUGUCGUCAGGAUGCUUAAUAUCUGAAGUAGAUGUAGGAAGUAUGUUGAUGGCUGUCUUUUGCUUUUGAGAUAACUCCUCGUAUCUAAAUUUAUAUUAAUCACAUGCCAAAAAUAAAG